UUUUCAUCUACGUGGUUGGAUAUUUCUAUCACCAUAUAUCGUUGAAUUCAUUCUUGGCGACGCGUCUAAGUGGGAUACACGAACCGAGCUUGGCACCAAGCAGGGUCCAGUCCAUCUGUUAUUCCCGUCUUGUCUUUGUCUUGGUAUUCCGAGUCUUGGGUUAAGCUGCCAAGAUGCAUUCAUUACUUCGAGCAACUACUGCGAUACUUGGCUGGGCAUCAGCUGUCACUGCCUACGACGUAACAUGGGAUGACAACAAAUCUAUCGAGAAGGCCGCCGGCCAGGCAGCUUUUGGCUUGGUAUCAUACUACACAGGAAACAACACUGGCGAUACACCAGGAAACUUGCCAGAUCCUUACUACUGGUGGGAGGCUGGCGCGAUGUUCGGUACUCUCGUUGAUUAUUGGUGGCUCACCGGUGACGACUCUUAUAACACAAUCACAAAACAAGCCAUGAUUCAUCAAGCCGGCACAGACGGCGAUUACAUGCCCGAUAACCAGACAAUGACCGAAGGAAACGAUGACCAAGGCUUCUGGGCAAUGGCUGCAAUGUCAGCAGCUGAGCAUCAGUUCCCAGAUCCUCCUGAGGACACACCCGGAUGGCUCGCUCAGGUUCAAGCUGUCUUUAAUGAGUACGUCAGUCGCUGGGAUGCAGACUACUGCGGUGGCGGUAUGCGUUGGCAGAUCUUUAAGUGGAAUACUGGUUUCGACUAUAAGAACGCUAUUUCCAAUGGCUGCUUUUUCAAUGUCGCCUCUCGGUUAGCACUGUAUACGGGUAACGACACUUAUGCGGACUGGGCUGAGAAGUUGUGGAAGUGGCAUGAGGAUUCUGGCAUCAUCACCGAUAAGUUUGCAGUUCAGGACGGUGUUCACAUCAGUAAUGCUAAAGGAAAGAAAUGUACCGAUAUCGACAAGACACAGUGGUCUUAUAACACGGGGAUCUUCCUGCACGGCGCCGCGGUCAUGUAUAACCUUACCUCGAGCGAUAGCUGGAAGAAGCGAGCAGACGGUCUCCUCGAUGAUGUUUUCAACAAAUUUGUCAAAGAUGAGAUCAUCUACGAGCAGUUUUGCGAGCCUCACAAACAGUGCAGUCAGGACCAACAGAGCUUCAAGGGGUAUCUUGCACGGUGGUUGGCAGCCACCACGCAACUUUAUUCUUCUACAAACGACAAGAUUAUGAAGCUCAUCAAGACAAGUGCCCAGGCCGCCGCUAAAGUCUGCACAGGCUCACCCACAGAGGGUUACAAGGGGCCUGCAGGCACAGCAUGUGGCUUCUCUUGGACGACGGGUAGCUUUGAUGGUUCUGUUGGAGUUGGUCCCCAAAUGAACGCCCUCUCGAUCCUCAUGUACACGCUGGUGGAGAGUGCCAAGGGGCCUGUCACCUCGAAGACCGGUGGAACGUCCAAAGGAAAUCCUGGCGGUGGAAAUACGGACAUUAACGACAAUGAUGGAACCCCUCCAUUGAAGGACAUCACGACGGCUGAUAAGGCUGGCGCUGGUAUCUUGACGUUCCUGUUCCUUGCCGGUGUCAUCGGGGGUGUUUCAUUCUUGGUCAUCGACUUUUAGACUUUUAAACUUCUAUAGUAGGGCAUGGCGUUGAGAGGCGGUAUCUGUUAUAUUUAUUGUUUUGAGGCGUUGAGAGGUUGCUAGGUUGGAUACCUUGCACUUUACUUGGCCUCAGACUUGUAAGUCAGGCUGCAGAGUUAUACUCACAAAUCUUAUUGAUUGCGUUGCCUAUGUUCAUGAAC